GUUCUUCUUCAAAUUUUCCCUUCAUUUUUUUUCUGAUCACCCAAAUUUUUUUUUUGAAUUUAAAAUAAUGGGAUUCUGUUCUUUUCCAAAGGGUUUUUUUUUUUUUUUUGUUCAAAAGAGAAAUUCAGGCUUUGGUUAUGUCAGUACAAGUUCAAAUCGAUAUUCUUUCCGAUCCGUUUUAGGAAUAAUGAAAAUGGUUUCCUUUGUUUUUUUUUUUGUUUCUUCAUUAUUCAUAGCUUAUAAUUGAAGCCUUCAUGGAAUAUAUAUAAAGAGGGAAUUUUAUGCCAUACAUUUUGAAUUCAACCUUCCCAUUGUUCAUCAUCCAUCUUAUUCUGCAUCUCCUUUUCUUUUCUUGAUUCAAUCUUUUUUUUUUUUGCGCGUGGUUUCUGCGGAUCGUUGAUCUUUAAAUAUUUGAUCGUAGUAUGAAACACGAUACGCUCUCUUCAUUCCAUCCAAGAAAAGUGAACAAUUCAUUUUUUUUAUUGUUUUCUGAAAUUUUCUUGGCUCAUUAUACUAUAUUCUAAAUGAACACUCAGAAAAUUACGUGCCAGGAGAGAAUUCGAUUGACUCAGGGACUGAUUUCUGAUUGUAAAGUUGAUUUUGUUAAUCAUUCGUCUCAAUUUUCUGGUACCCAGCAACGAUCAGACAUGGGAAUUCAAAUUCAGGCACCCGCCAUCGAAGGAGGAAUUUCGCAACUUCACUACCAGUUUAGAUCACCAAACAACAUUUUGAGUCCUUUUGAGUCACCAACUUAUGAUUUUUAUGCCACCGAGGGAUGUAUGGGAUUUCCCCUGUAUAAGUCUGAGACGACUGCUGUUUCCAUGGAUUCAAUUGAGCAAUUUAACACCAGUUCUGAACUGACAAACACUCUGCAAUCCCUCGUGAAAUCCCAGUACUGUGGAAGAAAAUUUAGCAGAUCCCCUUCUCUGGAUCAAAAUAGGUUUCUUGUUGACGAAGCAACAGAUUUUGGGAGAAAUAAGUCACGUGUUGCUCUUAAAGGAAACCAGGAUCAUAGAAUUUUCUGCAAUUCCAAUUAUAAUUCUCCACUUGUUCGUCAGAGCUUCUACGCGAAGCAAGAGAAGCAGCAGUCUCUGAGGCUUUCUCCUGUAAAAUCUGUCAAGAAUGGGUCUGAACUUGUAAGUAAAACAAGAAUAAGAUGGACCCAAGAUCUUCACGAGAAGUUUGUCGAGUGUGUCAAUCGCCUUGGAGGCACCGAGAAGGCAACACCGAAGGAAAUUCUGAAGUUAAUGGACUCAAAUGGAUUGACAAUUUUCCAUGUCAAAAGUCAUUUGCAGAAAUAUCGAAUUGCAAAGUACAUGUCGGAUUCCGCAGAAGGAAAAUCUGAGAAAAGAAGCAGCACAAAUUAUAUACCUUAUCAGCUUGAUACAAAAACAGGAAUGCAAAUCAAAGAAGCAUUAGAACUUCAAUUAGACAUUCAAAGGCGUCUUCACGAACAACUUGAGAUUCAGAGAAAUUUACAAAUGAGAAUCGAAGAGCAAGGGAGGCAGCUGAAAAUCAUGUUUGACCAGCAGCAGAAAACAAAAGAAAAUCUAAAUGAAGGCUCAAAUUUCAGACUCCAUGAUUAAUCCACCUCCAAUCGACCUUGAAGAUUUUGAGGUUUCAAUUGCAUUCUCCUUGGAAGUUGAUUGCAUUCAUCAAAAUCAUGAACACAUACAUUUGUAUACAACAUGCUUUUUAUGUGUAGUUUUUGAGCUUUGAUGCCCUUUAGAAAUGUGUAUAAGGUUAUAUUA